AUGGAGCCUACUGGUGCUGCUUACGUCCUUACUGCCGCCCAGUUUGAGCGGGAGGUCACCCAGCAUGGCGGCGAUGUUACCUGGCGUCGAUUCCAGGUCCAGCUUGUCAUUGCUUCUUUUGAAGAGGCAAAAGGGCUUAUGUCGAGAUAUGUGGCAGGAGAAGUCCACAGAUACAUUGAAAGUGGUAAAUGGAUUCAGAAUUGUACCAGUCUGGGCCAGCACCCGGCCUACAGGAGGUUCGUCGGCACUGAUAAACACUACCUAAAAUCACUCUACUAUCCACACUUUUUCGACGUCCAGGCUAUCUUUGUCCUGGGUGGUAGACGAAUCGGCAGUGCUGUUGACCGACUUUACGAAGAGCUGUCAGCACAUUGGGGGAUAACCAUCAAUCCGGACGAACCCUUUUAUCCGCCUCGUCUCGCAGACUCGGAGAAAGAGCGUCGACUUAUCUUGGGAAACAUUCAAGGACCGAGUGCCCCGAGUGAAAGACAAGCCCCCUCUGAGGACAAACACAGAGAGUUGGGCAUCCACCUCAAAGCUGCGGCCCAGCUCUCGGAAAAAAUACAGAAUGAGGACACCGUCAAUCAACGACGCUCUAUGGAUUUUCAAAAAAUCAGAGGUGAGCUGAGACAUGCUCAGCAGAGAAACUUGUACCUCGAACGAAAAGCCGAGGAGGAGACUCAGAAUCGGCAGAACGCAGAGCGUCAAAAGCAGGCAUUGCAGAAUCGGCUGGAGGAAAGAGUAGACCAGCUGCAAGAUGCACAUGCGCAAUUACAAGAAACACAUCGCCAACUUACUGAGUCCCGACAACAUGCUAAGGGGCUCCAAGAUCAGCUAAAUCAGAUGCAAGCCUACGUCACGCAUCAUCGGCAAAUCUCAAUGCAAAUUGCAGAGAUUGAAAAGCAACACAAAGCCUUAAGUGCUAAGAGGCAGCAGUGUAUUGACAUUAUGGCUCAGCAAACCGUUUCCCGGGUCGAGGGGUCUAGGUCGGCGAUCAAGCGUCCCGCAGAUGGAAUCGCACAUGGUGAAGAGCCCAAGCGGCCUCGUCAGAAUUAA